UCGUUAUUAUAGAUUAGCAUGACCAUUGACGGUGACAGCUCAGAGAGAGCAUCAUAUAACCAGACAUGUCACGAGCAGGACAGCCGCCUGCAGCUUGUCUACUCCUUGGCAGUGGCUUCACAGACCAUCUCUAUGUUCCCGAUGGGCUUCUUCUUUGAUCGCUUUGGGACUAGAAUGUCUAGGCAUCUGCUCAGCGUCCUGUUACUGAUCGGCUAUUUAAUGAUGGGUAUCAGCUCUCCUCUUACCCCCUUACUCCUGUUCCCGGGGACCAUUAUCUUUACUGUGGCAGGCUCCUUACUCCUCUUCUCAUCAGUGCAGAUUGGUAAUGUUUUCCAAGGAAGGAAAUCUACUGUCAUUUCAUUGAUUAAUGGCGUGUAUAGUUCAUCAACGAUUGUCUUUUUAAUAGCUAAGGCAGCUUAUGAAGCAGGGUUGUCCCUUCGAAUCUUCUUCUCGAUUAUGGCUGGAUCCGUGAUCCUCCUCAGCAUUAACACCUUCAUCAUCCUGCCCGUCAAACGCAUCCCCUGGCCCUACCCCGACCACCAUCGACUGGUAACCUGCUGCACUACAAAGACCGAUCAAGACCAGAAGGGUGUUGCUGGACUCCGCAAUGAAGCAUACGUUGAGGAUCCCGCCGAUGAUAUGGGGUGUUCAGAAGAACCACACGGGGACGGAGUAGGGUUGGACUCGGUUACUGAUACCAACGGAAAAGAGCCGGUGUGGUAG